ACCUGAAGCUGCACCCAAACCAAGUGCAAAGUCUAUCUAUGAGCAGAGGAAACGUUACUCCACUGUGGUUAUGGCUGAUGUGUCCCAGUAUCAUGUCAAUCACCUGGUCACCUUCUGCUUGGGGGAGGAAGAUGGCGUGCAUACUGUGGAAGAUGCUUCCAGAAAGCUGGCAGUAAUGGACAGCCAGGGGCGUGUCUGGGCACAGGAGAUGCUACUGAGAGUGUCACCUGGUCAUGUCACUCUGCUCGAUCCGGUCUCUAAGGAGGAACUAGAGUCAUAUCCUCUCGACGCCAUCGUACGCUGCGACGCGGUGAUGCCCCGAGGACGGAGCCGCUCGUUGCUGCUCCUGGUGUGCCAAGAGCCAGAGCGUGCACAGCCAGAUGUCCAUUUCUUCCAGGGCCUGCUCCUCGGGGCGGAGCUGAUCCGUGAGGACAUCCAAGGGGCUCUGCAGAACUACCGCUCCGGACGUGGGGAACGCAGGGCGGCAGCACUCAGGGCUACGCAGGAGGAGCUGCGACGCGGUGCCUCUCCAGCAGCGGAGACCCCGCCCUUACAGCGUCGCCCUUCUGUCCGCGCGGUGAUCAACACCGUGGAACCAUCCGCGGUGCGCGGGCGACCCCAAGUGGAGCCAAUUCCAGAGACUGAGGAAGCGAGGAAACCCGACCCGGCGAGCACGACGACUAGGAGCUCUGAUCCUACCUCCCCAGACCUGGGCCCAAGGGGUCCUGAGCUGGCGGGUCUGCAGGCGGAGCGGGAUGUGGAUAUCCUGAACCAUGUGUUUGACGACGUGGAGAGUUUUGUAUCCAGACUGCAAAAGUCAGCAGAGGCUACCCGGGUUUUGGAGCACCGUGAGCGCGGCCGCAGGACACGACGCCGAGCUGCUGGAGAGGGCCUGCUGACCCUAAGGGCCAAGCCACCCACAGAGGCUGAAUACACUGAUGUGCUUCAGAAAAUCAAAUACGCCUUCAGUCUGCUGGCCCGGUUGCGGGGCAACAUCGCCAACCCCUCCUCUCCAGAGCUGUUACACUUUCUGUUCGGACCUCUGCAGAUGAUUGUGAACACUUCAGGCGGCCCUGAGUUCGCGAGGAGUGUGCGACGACCACAUUUGACCUUGGAGGCUGUGGCGCUGCUCCGCGACAAUGUCACUCCUCGUGAAAAUGAACUAUGGACCUCACUGGGGGACUUCUGGACCCGCCCAGGGGUGGAGCUGCCCCCUGAAGAAGGGUCUCCAUACAGUCCGGAAUUCUACAGCGGUUGGGAACCUCCGGCCACUGACCCGCAGGGCCGCCCCUGGGAGGACCCAGUGGAAAAACAGCUACAGCACGAGAAGCGGCGCAGGCAGCAAAGCGCCCCCCAAGUCGCGGUCAAUGGGUGGGUGAGGUGUCAUCAAGAUCCAGAACUGGAAACUGAGUCCCAGCUAGAAGAGAAAGCCAGAAAAUGGGUUCUGUGUAAUUAUGACUUCCAGGCCCGAAAUGGCAGCGAGCUAUCUGUCAAGCACCGAGAUGUGUUGGAGGUCCUGGAUGACAGGCGCAAAUGGUGGAAGGUUCGGGACCAUCAAGGACAAGAGGGCUAUGUACCCUAUAAUAUCCUGACACCCCACCCUGGACCUCAGGUGCACCGCAGCCAAAGCCCCGCAAUAAACCUAGAGACUAGCCCACCUCCUCCCCCACCUGCUGCAGCUCCAGCCCCCACUCAGGUGCGGCCCCAGUGGGACAGUUGCGACAGUCUAAACAGUUUGGAUCCCAGCGACAAGGAGAAAUUCUCCCAGAUGCUUUGUGUCAAUGAGGAGCUGCAGGCGCGCCUGGCGCAGGGCCGUUCGGGUCCCAGCCGGGUAACCCCGGGGCCUCGAGCCCCGGAGCCCCAGCUCAGCCCACGCUCUGAGGCCUCGGUGGUCCGUGCCUGGCUGCAGACCAAGGGCUUUAGCUCCGGGACUGUGGAUGCGCUUGGAGUGCUGACUGGCGCACAGCUGUUCUCGCUUCAAAAGGAAGAGUUGCGGUCGGUGUGCCCCGAAGAAGGGGCGCGAGUAUAUAGCCAAGUCACUGUGCAGCGGGCGCUACUGGAGGACAGGGAAAAAGUAUCAGAGCUGGAGGCCGUAAUGGAGAAACAAAAGAAAAAAGUGGAAGGCGAGACCAAAACAGAAGUCAUUUGAUCCUGGCUCGUUCACAAAAAGUGAUGAGAUGGUGGGGUUCCCAGCGCCCCGAAAGACAACAGUCACCAGACUCCUCCCCAACGUCAGUGGCAGUAGAGGCCGUAAAGGACCGCCCACCCUGGGUUCCCCGCUGACCUGGCUGGCCGGCGGACUGCAUUGACAGUGCUGACCGGAACCCUUCCAGAGGGACUGAUGGGAAUGGGGAAGGGAACAGAGCAUGGACACUACUAGAAAGGCACGCCCAAGAGGCGCAAUGAUGGCCCUGUGCGUUGUGAUGCGCUAUAAACAGCCUCCUUUUAGGCUAUGUCCACCUGCUGUCCCCCCACACACACACCCCUCUCUUGCCGGCCACCAAGAAGCCAGGAAUCUAGAAGACAUCCGUAUUUUCUCUCCACAAAACUGGAGAUUCCAACCCAGGCUUCCUCUUACGCACCAAUCUAUCCUCGCUCUAAUACUAUCUACGAUCUCUCUCUGGUUCAAAAUCCUUUCCUGUCAACUAGCGUGAGGCCUGGGAUUUUCCUUUCAAAGGCAGAGGGUGUCUCCUUCCACCCUCCAUUUUGGGUCAACCCCUUUAAUCACAGGCAUUUCCGCACUUACUGCUUCUGCUGGUUGGAGCAGCGUCCAUCAAUCUGGCUCAGCGCACCUGCAUUCCGUGGAUGCCUGUGCCAGCCACUAAGGAUUCAGCUAUGGAGAUCGGGAUGCUCCCUGGGCAUGCUAUAGGCUCUUGGGUCUUCCAGUCCCCAGAACUUUCUCCCUGCCAAGUCCUGCAACUUGUCUGGUUUAUUUAGGUGGCUAGUAAGAGCUGGUUUUCUCAUUGAGACUAGAUACCCCUAAGGUAUUUUUUUUUUCCUGCUGUGGCACUUCCCUUUGCAUCCCUAAAACACUUCAAGAGUCACACCAGUGCAGUUGGCCUCUGCUCUCCUGGCAGUUCAGCUCUUACCUGAGCCACCAGGUGGCACACCUCAAAUCCAACCUAGAAAAGCCAGCCUUUGGGCUGACAGCUUCACUAUACCCACUUCGCUCUAGAACACUAUCCACAAUAGAUCUCUUUCCCACUUCCUGUCUACCUCUCAAGCAUGUCUCUUGGCUUCUCCCGACAGAUGGGAUAAAACCUAACCCCAGCAUGAGAGUUGAUGUACAUGACCACUCCAGGUUUAGGGCCCUCUUCCUCCCUUUUCAGGACCCCAAGCAUUGGUUCAUGCUGUUGGCUCUUCUAGGAAUGUCCUGGCCUUUUGGAGUCUAAUCACUGCCUGUCGUUCCUUAUGUCAGCGUUGGGUGGUUAGUUGGUUGAUUGGUUUUGUUGGAGACAGUCUGGAUAUAGCCUCAAAGUCUCAAUUCUCCUGUUUCAGUUUCCUGCAUGCUGAGAUUCCUGGCAGAUGCCCUGCUGCCUUCUUUUCUAAGAAAGUUAAAAACACAAGCAGUUUGCCCAAACUGUUUUUGACUCUGUAGUGAGCUCCCAGGCUCCAGGCUGCAGGCUGCCGUGCAGGCAGGGACUAGCUGGCUUGCUGGAACACCAGAUGCCUCUAGCUCUCUAUGGUCUGGAAUCUGAUCAUUUCUAUCUGCUUAUCCUGACUUCAUCCUUUGUUGAUCACCCUGUCCGUCACUCCUCCAAUCUGUAUCGAUGUACAGCCAUAGGGACCUGUUACAACUCAAGUCAGAUGGCAGUCUGCUGGCCAGACCUCCCACCUCAGAGCUCAAGUCCUUAGUAGAGCCACAUUCCUGCACAAAGCCAGCAGCACUUCAACACUUCCUCUGCUAUUCAGCCCCAAGUUUCUUCCUGCACCUUAGCAUGCCAGGCCUACUCUACCCUAUGACCUUUGCAUCUCAUCACUGAAAAUGGGCUUCCUUCAGACAUAUGGCUUACUCUGCUACCUUCUAGUUCCACAUGUCAUGUCUUGGGUCUACUUUGACUACCAUAAACACCAUACAUACACACCAGAUACAUACCCAACAUACACCAUACACAUCAGCCAUGCCACGCACCACACAAAAUGCACACCACACACACACAGUCCACCCCAGACAACACCCAUCCGCUCACAUCCACUGCCCUUCUCUUUCUCCACAGCACUACAGCUGAAAUCCAUACACUAGCUACCUCUCUCCUACAGAACCUGGCUCCUGGCCUAAGCUACUCACUCCUGGGACUCCAGUAGGUAGGACAGAGCCCAGCUGGUAGUGUAGGCAGUUGCUCCUGACUGUAAGAAUGAAGGUACAAUGAAUCUCAAGACUGCCUCCUACUGUUCCAGCCAAUGUGGCCAUGGAGGACUGAGGGAACUUGCCAUCACUUAUUCAUUUCCCAGAGAAGUUACACUUGCAGAGUUUUCUGUGAUCCAUCCCACAUUUUCAAUGUCAGCCAUUAACUCCACUCCUUUCAGGGGAACUGAGGGCAAAUCUGGGCACUCCAGUCCCUUAUCACAGCACCAUGGGCUUCCUUCUGACCCUUCCCACCUCAUCUGGGAUCCUUUGCUCCAGCUGCUCACUUAGCAAGGUGCCCUCCCCACUCCUGUGAGCAUGCUCCAACCUUGCCUCCAACUGUACCCCAUCCAAAUGGGCUCGGUCAGCCUGAGCCAACAAGCAGACCAAGUCA